AUGUCAUCGACGGAGAACGCUUCGCCUCCCAUGGCAGACCAGUCCAACUCGACGGCCGCGCCCUCGUCGCCCGAUCGAAAUAAAAAAAAACGCAUCAGAAACUGGACUGCAGAUGAUCGCGCAGCCCAUCGCGUAUUUGAACGAUCCCGACGAGAGGCUUUCAAGGAACGGCUGACGACACUUGCGAGCCUUAUACCGUCACUUCGAUCUACGGAUCCUAACCGCCUGUCCAAGCACGUUGUCAUUGACCAAAGCGUUGCGCUACACAAGGCCGAGCAGAAAGAGAUCGCUGAAUCUCUUCAGAGGAUCAAUCGUCUUGUAGCCGAGCGCGAUGAUCUCCUCUCCGAGUUAAAUACAUGGCGGUUGAAUGCGGGCCUUGAAGCUCGCCAGGUUCGAGUUACAGCAGAUGAUUCUGAGACUACCUCAGUACCGAUAUUAGACGAGGCCAGCGCCUCCAUGUUGAGAACCGGCGUUUCAUCCAUCUCAGUCGGGGCCAACAAUGAGCAAGGGGCAGCUGGAGGUCGUCCGCUAUAUCUAGAAGAGCAGUCCUCAUUUGUAGCUACAGAACACGAUCUGACAUCGGAGCCUGUCAUGGCUCGAACAGCUGAGACAAAUCUCCCAUCAGCAUCAAUGAGCAUGGACAUUCCAUGGAUGUCAACCGAGAUGGAUUUCACCAUCCCCAAUUCACUGACUCUGGCCGCCGAUUAUAACGCCGCCGCACCUCCGAAAUCACCAUCUUACACACAUCUGCCAAUGCCAUACGACAUGGCAACCAAUAACCUCGAGGAUGAGACUCUAAGAUUUAACACGUCGAUGAUGCACAUGGCCGAUCCAUCAAUAUUCCACAACGACACAUAUAUUUAUACUGGUUGA